UCCAGACUUCCAUGAGCAGGCUUCCAUUAGAAAGAGUUUUAAAGGCACGGCCUGUUUCAUGUGAUGCCAUCUCUCUAACAUCACAGAUGUCUUUCCAUGCCACCUCCAAUAUGGGCUCGUCAGGGUGGAUGGUGAGCAUCACCCUCUGGAGAGUCCCUGAUGGCCUGAUGCUCGGGCUCAGGGGCCUGUGCCCCUGGACUCUGACCAGGUUCCUUUCUCUUUGUGAGGCCCUCUGCCACUCUGUUGAAGUAAAUCACAGCCAUGAUCACAGUUAUGCUGAGUCCUGAGUGUCCUUCUCAUGAAUCACAGGCCUGGGGGUGGACUGCCCCCAAAGAAGCUUGACCUCCUGCAGCACAGGGGCUAGGUUCUGGAAGUGAACCCCUAGUCUAUCUGCUACAAUCCAACAUUACUGGCCCAUACUACCUCUCCAGGUCUCCAGUUAAAUGUAGGGCAUUGAUUGGGAAAGAAUCACUUGAAGAUGGGAUUUGAGGGUUAAUUACAAUGACUGGGACCCAUGGGCAGUAUAACUCCAGAACAGGGUUCCGAAACCCUUGAAGAGUCCUGGGGUGGUAAAGAACACUGGAGGCCAUCACCCUGGACGUGGGCCCUACAUCCAUCAGGGUGCUGGGACCCCAGGGACACAACGAACAUCACCCUGGACAUGGGUCUUGUUUGCAUUAGGGUACUGGGAACUCAGUAGUGGGGUCACAAGGCUACAUUUUCUUGGAGAGACAGGUUGGUACAGGUUAUAUAAGUAUAUAAUGACAAUGGCCUGAGUUGAACCGCCCCGUUGGCUACUGGGAUCCCUGGGGCUGGGACAGUCCCUUUCCAAUUAGAGACUUAGAGGAAAGCUCUAGUCAGGGGAAGGAGCCCAGCUUGGCCCCACACUCCGCCCCUGCCUGCUCCUCAGGUGUCCUGAGUGAGGGGUUGUAUACAGGCCUGCUCCUUCUGCUUGUCCUGCUGGGGAAGCUCUGGGAUCACAGAGCCCCUUGGCACAGGAGAGGGAUCGCAGAAGCCCCAUUAUCGGCCUUACAGUGGCUCUCCCCAUUGGGAGAAAGCUGGGUGUUGGAAGUACCCAGGCUGAACUCAGUUUUAGAGAUCCACAGAUGGCAAUUUGAGAUUUGAUCUGUAGUCUGGUUCCCCCAGCUGCGCCCACAGCUCUGCUUGCCAGCAGGGAGACAGAGGCCCACAGUCUUGUGCCUGGGGAUGAAAUAUUCAAUUUGAUGUCUCAGGCGGGGUGAUGUUUCCUUCCUCGUCCCCAGCGCUCCUAUAAAGAGGAGCCUGAGAGCUGGCAGUGGCCCCACACAAGCUGCAGGCUGGGCUGAGUGGACGGGACAAAGAGGUGCGUCCCCUGGUGCUCUGGGGAGGAUGCAGGCCUGUGUGCUGAGGGGACUGGCUCUCGGUGUCCUGUUGGGGGUUCUUGCAGGGGCCAAACCAAUGCCAGAGGAAGCAGACCCCUACGCUGAACCACCAGCCAUGCCCUACUGGCCCUUUUCUACCUCUGACUUCUGGAAUUAUGUGCAGUAUUUCCAGACCAUGGGCGCCUACCCCCAGAUGGAGGACAUGGCCCGUACCUUCUUUGCACACUUCCCCUUGGGGAGCACCCUGGGCUUCCAUGUCCCCUACCAGGAAGACUGAGCAGUAUCCAUUCUGCUGUCUGCCUGGUUGCACUGGCUGGGUCCUGAGGCAGUCCAGAGCCACAGUGUUGGGCAAGGGGUGGAGCUCGUGCUCAAUAAACUCCAUCUGAAGAUG